UCCAUAGCUGAAAUAUACAAGAACACAGAUUUCUAGACAACUUGAAAGCAGGAUAAUGUUUCUUAUUUUGUGAAGGUUUGGUUUUUCUUAAUGUCAAAGAAGGUUUCGAUCUAAUUAGAGGAUGUUAGAUAUUGAUUCAAGGAGCGUUCAAUUGAACACGGAUGUUGAGGAUAGUGAUGGGGAUUUUGAGGGCGUAUUUGGUUCGGAAGAUGAAGAAGCGGAUGAUGACUUUGCUGAUCUAGUAAACGAGGAAAACAUUUAUGAAGAAUAUAUGAGUGAUCCAGAAUAUGUGAAUGUGGGUGAUGUGUUUCUGGAUACCCCAGAAAAUACGGAUAAUGAAGUGGCAGAAUUUGAUCGACUAACACAACACAAGACACAUAGGCAAGAUACGUCAGGUAAUCUCUACCUCGGUAGGAUUUUUAACACGGGUGAAGAAUUUCAAGAAGCUGUGGUUGAUUAUGUUUUGGACAAAAAAUUUAAUGUCAAGUUCUCGAGGUGUGAAAGUAAGAAAUGUGAAGCAAAAUGUGUUGUGAAAGGUUGUGAUUGGAGAAUAUAUUGUUCUGUUCAUACGGCAUUGAACAAGUGGAUGAUCAAAACAUUUAACGAUGUACACAAUCAUCCAAAGUCGGGUGAGGCCGAUAUAUUGACUUCAAGGCGUAUUGCCAAACUAUUUGCUGAAGAUAUCAGAUUAAAUCCAUCUUAUUCAGCAAAAGAUAUGCAGAAAGAAAUUAUGAAGCGACAUGGGUUGAUAGUGACACGGUGCAAGUGCUUUAAAGCCCGAAGAAUUGCAAUGGGUUUAAUAUUCGAAGGCCAGGAAGCUCAAUUUGAAAGGUUAUGGGAUUAUGAGGCGGAGCUUCUUAAAUCUAAUCCAAGAACAACAACCGAGAUAGGGUAUGCCAAAGAUGAUGGUGGUGAAAAAUUGUUUGAUCGAUUUUAUGUUUGUUUUGAGGUUCUACGAGAGACAUGGAAGACAUGUUGUCGUCCAAUAAUAGGUUUGGACGGUUGCUUUUUAAAAUGGAAGUUGAAAGGGGAAUUACUAGCUGCGAUUGGUAGAGAUGGUGAUAAUAGAGUUUACCCCAUUGCAUGGGCUAUUGUGCGCGUUGAGAAUAAUGAUACGUGGGGUUGGUUCGUAAGUAAAUUGAAAGCUGAUUUAGGUUUGGGUUUAGGAGAUGGAGUCACCAUACACUCUGACAAGCAGAAGGGUUUGAUUAGGGCAAUCGAGGAAGAACUCCCACGUUGUGAGCAUCGAAUGUGUGCGAGACAUAUAUAUGCUAAUUGGAAGAAGCAAAUCAAAGAAACGAGUUUGAAGAAACAUUUUUGGCAAGCUGCUUAUAGUUAUAAUCACGGAGAAUUUUCUAAACACAUAGAUGCCUUAAGAUCUGAGAAUCUUGCGGCAUAUGAUGCAUUGAUGGCUUCUAAUCCGAAACAUUGGUCCCAAGCUUUUUUUAGUGGAGCAGCAAAAUGUGGAGACAUACACAACAACUUAAACGAGAGCUACAAUAGCUCAAUAAGAAAAGCUCGCCUCCUACCAAUUAUUGAUAUGCUAGAGGAUAUUCGGAGACAGACCAUGAUGCGAAUUUCAAAGAGGCUGGGAGAGACUAGUAAGUGUGUCACUGAGUUCACUCCCUUUGCGAUGGGAGAAUUAGAAGCAGCACGAGAGAAAAUCGGGUAUUGUGUGGUAAUUGCUAGUGGUCAUAAAAGGUACGAGGUAUUGAACCAUGGUAUGAGCUACACCGUUGACCUUAAUGCGAAAACUUGUCCAUGUCGGCAAUGGGAUGUAACAGGAAUUCCAUGUAAUCAUGCAUUGGCUGUUAUCAAUCAGAGACGAGAAGGUUUGUCAGAUUAUGUGUCUGAUUACUUCUCCAAGGCAAAAUGGGUAGCAACUUAUCGACAAAAUAUUAAUCCUGUGAAUGGGAGCCUAUUCUGGAGAAAGUCUGGGAAAAAACCAAUUGUUGUUCCCAAGACGCGAAACAUGCCAGGUCGACCUAAAAAGUUCAAGCGUAAAAAGGAUCCACAUGAAUCUCCAUCAAAGCGUGGUAAAAUUACAAAACACGGCAGAAAAAUGACAUGCAGCCAAUGUAGACAGGUUGGACAUAAUGCUAAGACGUGUAAAAAUGAACCGGUUGAACGAAUUCCAGUGCGAGGAAGGGGUCGACCAAGGAAAUCAACGUUUGAUGGAGAAACUAGUACGUACCCACAGCCCAACAAGGCAAAAUCCAAUACAGAACAUACAGAUCCUUGGAAUCAACAAAGCAGUGCAAGCUCGGCAGCAGGAGGUAACAAUAUUUGUGAUGUAGGAUUAUCCAUCCCAACGCAAUUGAGUCAGACUGUAAAAUCAACAACAAUGCAUCGUCAGAGAAACCAUCCUCCCCACACUACUACAUCGCUUCCCUCAAGGAUUCGCAUGCCACCACGUGCGUUUAAGAUGCCGAGACAAAACAAGCCAAAGUAGAGUGCACUUAAAAGAUUGUAUUUGCUUCUUAAGUUGUGCUUGUGAACCUUUUUCUUAUGUUAUGGGUUAUGAAUUAGAACCUCUUUAUUUUGGUGAUCUCGUUCGGAUAUGGAUGAUGGAUCAAAACCUUUUUUUUUAUCUAGUUCGAAUAUGAAUCAUGUAUCAACACUUCUUCUAGAUAUCA